UUAUUGCUCUCCCAGACUCCCAGUAAUAAAAUGUGCCUCUUUUAUCUCUCCUCAGCUUUGUCGCCAUCUUCUUCCUGCUUGGCCGGGCAUUGAAUUCGGUGUAGAGCGGCAGAUCUUGGAAUCGACGGCAUAAAAAAGAGUGGGGAUUGAUGUUCAAUUCAAUCUUGUAUUGUUAUUUAGUCCAGAAGUAUUCUUCUAGGUUGACUAGGGAGCUAAGAUUGAAGAACACAGUAGGCUUAUUCUAAUUCGGCCAGGCAAUGUAGCGGUUUGUUUAUGCGGCACGGAUGACCAUAUGCAAUGCUAUUUGCUGUGGAAGGAGGAGGAUUUUUCUCUUCAUCUGCAAAAGGGUAUAGCAAGGGUCUUGCACUACUGCUCCUGGGCCAGAGAAACGAAGAAAAACCUAUGAAAAUCACACCUUGUUGUCAGUAUCAGCUGGUUGAACAGGAAGCUAUCCAAGAUUUUCAGCUGGCUUCCAGAACAAGUAGAGUAGCCCACGGAUGCGCUUCCUUUAUCUGCUUUGGUCGCGCAUCUGCUGAAGCUGAUAGUUCAUUUCCUCCUAAAGUUGGUCCAGUUAAGCAGCAUGAAAAUUCAAAUUCACCAUUGGCUUCUGACAAGAAUGCCAAUACUUCUAGUGAUGAUAGUGUUAACGAGAGUGAAAGGAAAUCAUGUCUAAAGAGCAAUCUGAAAAGGCCUUCAGAAAAGCAUUCUGUAGUAGCUAGGAUUGCCAAUGAAUCAACUGAAGCAGAGUCCAUAUCUGGUAUCACUGUGCGGCGAAAGGUGCAGUGGACAGAUGCAAGUGGAAGAGAUCUUUUUCAGAUAAGGGAGUUUGAAUGCAGCGAUGACGAUGCGUCGGAUUGCGAGUGCGAGAAUGAAAGGCGUAAAAACUGCUUCUGCAUCAUUCAGUAGAUAUUGGUUUCUUUAGAGCCAUCCGUCAAUAGACAAAGCAACAAACGACUGCGCUGCUGCUUCAUUCAAGUCUGUCGUUCUCCUCAGCUGCCGGAAUUAGCAGCAGCAGAAGCAGUUUCUUCAAACACUCAGCGCCUUCUUUGAGGAAAAAUCAAAAUUUUUUGGUCCAAUUCCUUUUAUACUCUUCUUGUAUUUUGCUUUAGAAUGCGUACUGCUUUGUUCAGUUAUAUAGAUUUUUAUCUAUUAUCGUUUUCUUCAUCUUGGAUAGGCUUUUUGUUGCUUUGUAGUUUUGCUGUGCUUUUCUUUUGAUUGGUCUCUGUAAUUGGUGAAAUUUGUAUGUGGUCUGAACUCAAUAGAUCAGCCUGCAAUGAAGGCAUUGGAGCGGCACAGUCCAGCGUUGUGCAUUUUGUCGCCGUUGAUGGCAAUAAUGUAUUAGUUUAGCUUUAUUUUUAUUUCA